AUGUCUUAAAAUAAAAGUAAAUAAUCCAUGCUAAAUUAUAGUUAUUAUGCUGGGAGAUUGUGGAGUAGGCAAAACAACUAUCUUGAACAAGUAAGAAGACCUACUUAAUUAUAAGUUUUUUGGAUAUCAAUGCAAAAACAGAGACAACAAUUGGAGUAUAGCAUCAUUCAUUCACAAGAAAUUAUGUGAAGUUUUCAAUAUGGGAUACAGCAGGAUAGGAGAAGUAUAGAUCCAUAGUGUCAAGGUUUUUAUUAUCUUAAUUCUACUAAAGCCAUUAUAAACGAGCAAAGGCUGCUAUUUUGGUUUACGAUUGUUCAAGCGAAUCAUCAUUAUUACAUAUUGAUAAAUGGAUUGAAGAACUUGUCUUCUAAGCUGGUGCAAAUGUUAAAAUUGCAUUAAUAGGGGUAAUUGGAUUUAAAUUUCAAUUUUGGUUAGAAUAAAACAGACCUCUAAAAUUUCGAUAUAAAUGAGCAUACUUAAAAAUUAACUGAAUAAUAUGAGAUCUCCUAUCAAAUUUAAACUAAUCAUAAGGAUCCUGAAUUCAAAGACAAGAUGAAUUAGUUAUUGGACUAAAUUAGCAUAGGUAUAGAAUCAAUUUUAUUUUUAUAUUUGGGAUUGAUACCACCAAUUUUGGAGCCUGAUGAUCAAGUGAAUGUGAUUGAAUUGAAUCACAAAGAGGCUAAACCAAUUGAAGUUUAGGUGAAUAAUAGUGAAUAAGAAGUAAAAACCUGUGAAUGUUGA